CUCACUCGCUGCGAUUUGCCGACAUCAUUGGGAUAUUUCCUCCUCCUCUCUCCAUAUCCGAACAUAUUCCUGUUUUUCUGCCCUGCUUUUCCUUCAUAUCUCCUGGAAUGUGGCACUCUUUGGCUUUCACUCUCUGUGGGAUCUCCGCUUUGAUUCAGGUGUCAGUGCAAGGUCCAUACCAGCGGACCCUGUUGAAAAACCUCCUGAAGGAUUAUAACCCCAUGGAGAGGCCUAUUGCCAACGACUCUCAACCUCUCACUGUCUUUCUGUCUAUGAGCUUGAUACAGAUCAUGGAUGUGGAUGAGAAAAAUCAAGUCCUGACCUCCAAUAUCUGGCUUAACAUGCACUGGUAUGAUCAUUACCUUCAGUGGAACCAAUCUGAAUACCCAGGUGUCAAAAACCUUCGCUUUACCACAGACCAAGUCUGGACGCCGGACAUCCUACUGUAUAAUAGUGCAGAUGACAAGUUUGACUCCACCUUCAAGUCGAAUAUUGUAGUGAACUCCAGCGGCUACUGCAACUGGUUGCCUCCAGGUAUCUUCAUGAGCACCUGCAACGUGGAUGUACGCUGGUUUCCGUUUGACAUCCAGAAGUGUGAGCUUAAAUUUGGCUCGUGGACGUUUGACGGAUGGCUGCUGGACCUCCAGAUGAAUGAGGCUGAUAUCUCUGGCUACAUGCCCAACGGAGAAUGGGACCUUGUGGGUGUGCCUGGCUCAAGAAGUGAGCUGUACUAUGACUGCUGUAAGGAACCCUAUCCAGAUGUGACAUUUGUGGUGACCAUGCGUAGACGGACGCUCUACUACGCCUUGAACCUUCUCGUUCCCUGUGUCCUCCUUUCAUCCAUGACCUUGCUUAUCUUCCUACUGCCUGCCGACUCCGGAGAGAAGAUCUCACUAGGUAUUACUGUGCUACUCUCAUUAACAGUCUUCAUGUUGUUGGUGGCAGAGAUCAUGCCAGCAACCUCAGACUCCAUCCCGCUAAUAGGGCAGUAUUUUGCCAGUAUAAUGAUCAUCGUUGGAAUGUCAGUUAUUGCGACUGUGGUCGUGCUCCAAUAUCACCAUCAUGACCCCAAUGGAGGAAACAUGCCAAAAUGGGUUCAGGUAGUUUUGCUCCAGUGGGUGGCCUGGUUUUUACGCAUGAAGCGUCCAGGCGAGGGCGAAGACCCUGAGCGGCCUCCUUGUGCCCCCCACUUACGACGUUGCUCUUCAGGUUCCCAGAGCGGCAGCCUGCCAAACGCACCCGGUUCCGCCUCUGCAGAUCUCCAUCACCACCACACGUCCUCAACGCUCCACCCGCUCCAUCCCCAGAGCCUCCUUCAAGCCGCUGCUGCCGCCGGGCACACCCACCAUCUCCACAACCAGACCAACAGCGCCAACAACAACGGCAACCUGCUCUACAUCGGAUUCUCCAGUCUGGACGAAGCUUCGCCGCCAUCCUUGCUCGUCGAGUCCGUGCAGAGAAACAGCAUGUCAGGCGUCCCGCGAUCUGCGGUGGUGUCGCCCCCAGCGGUAGGCUCCAGUCCGCCACCUCACCUGCCCUCGCAGUUCUGCAGCCCUCCACCGCCUCCCACGCCCAAUCUGGAGGCCACGGGAUGUCCGAGCACGGUGUCCGGCGGUGGCGGAGGCUGUUCUUGCUCGGGGACCAGUGGCGGAGGAGACCCACAGCUUCAGGCUAUUUUAGAAGAGGUGCGCUUUGUUGCAGAUAGGUUUCGCGGACAGGACGAGAACGACAGCGUGGCCGAACAGUGGAAGUUUGCUGCGGCUGUAAUUGACCGACUUUGUCUGGUGGCGUUCAGCGUUUUCAACAUCAUCUGCACCAUCUCCAUUCUUAUGUCGGCACCUAACUUUGUGGAGGCAGUUUCUAAGGACUUCAUCUGAUUGCUGUGUCGAAAGAGAGAACGUGCAAUCGGGAAACUUGGGUUUGACCGUAAUUGGGAAGUAUUCUUCUCCUCAAAACAGUGACUGAGCUUUUUUUUCCUUCCAAGACUGUGAUUGGAAUAAUGCAAGAUCCCAAGGUCUGAAUUGAGAAUGCUUCUGAUUGGCUAAUGUCCUGGAGAUUUAAGGCCCACUCAGACAUCUCAGACUGAACUUAGUUGUUGGAACGCUAACGAUCUUCACCGAAAAGGUGUUUUGUAAAUGACAAAGGGGUUGGUUCGCUAUAUGGUAAAAAGUGUUCGACUAUGGAAUGAAUGAAAAACGAAACAUAAAAAAGUCAAAAUACUGCUUAAUGACCUUUCAACUGUGUCAGACGCCUCAUAACCGGACAUGAACCUCUGAGGAAUGGCCAGUCGUGUGACUCAAACUUGUGUGACAUUGUACAUCUAACAUCUAUCACAGUACAAAACUUCAAAAUAUAUUUUGGUAACGCUCAUCCAUGAGUAGGCGAGGAGAGAGGGAGGAAAAGAGCAGACAAGACAGAGAGAAAUAUUGAUACUAGUGGCAGACGUGCAGUGAAUGAGUGUAUGAACCCAGAUCAAAAAUUCUCUUGUUUCAAGGACAGAUGAGAGAUUUGGGGAACUGCUGGAGGAUUUGAGUGGUUCAGUUAAUGGAGAGAUACAGAAGAAGUGAGAGAUGGAAUACCCUCCUGACGUGGACAGAGAUGUAGACCGAUGGAGAGAUUAGGGCCUCACAAGAAGAUGAGGCAUGAGCAGAACAAGGGUAAUGAAAGACAAAAUGAGACCGAGUGUAUUAGAGAAAGAGACACAGUCAGCGCAAAACGAAAGAAGGAUGGGCUGAAGAAGUGGAUCUGACAAGUGGAUAAGAAAAUGAAAGAGUGAUAGGGGAAUUAGAGAGGGAUGGACAGAAACAGACAGAGAAGGCGGUCGGUGGUAAGUGAGACUCAGCAACAUUUACUGGCAAGAGAAAGUAAGGUUUCACUGUUGGAGAGAAAUAGCACAUCAAGCCCCAAAAAGCCAAACAGUGAGUGCAUCCGUCACAAAACAGAUAAGAGAAAAACACAAUGCAGAAAGGAAGUGGGGGAGAGAGUGUGGGAAGAAAGAGUGAUAAUCCUCUGAGACAUACCGGAGAAAUGGCACAAAGACAGUGGAGACAUGGGUAGAAUCUUAUACCUCCCUUCCUCUUUCCCAUCGUCUCUGUGAAAUGAGUUGACAGACGGUGUGAGGUGUUCUCAAACAGCAGAGAUGAUCUUCUGAAUAUCUAAGUGGGUGUAGAGCCACAACCAUAGUAACUGUGCCCUGAUUCUCCACUGUCCCUUAAAGAUACAGUAAGCGAUUUUUGAAAAACGCUGUUGAAAAGUGGAUCGGCCUGAGCACCAAAACACACUUUUAGCCAAUUAGCAAUUAGCAUACACACAUAGGAUGUGGGUGGACAGAGAGCACAGUAUAUAAGACAACGACUAUAGAAAAAACAUUAUAGAGGAAAAGGCCACGGCAAUAUAACUU